CCAUGAAUAUAAUAUUCCCAUACAUAUAUACAUUCAUUUUUGUUGGUUGCCCUGUACAUAGCCUGGAUGUCUGCUGCAUCAAAAGCAUCCUCUUGCAUCACUCCCGCGUCACCUGUUUACUUGUACCUAUCCAUUUUCCCUCCAUAGAAAGCACGGAUUAGAGAACACAUAGAAACAAACAACAGCCUCAUUCUUCAAAUUCUAUUCCUCGGAUUUUACUCUCUUUUUUUUUCCAUCUAACGAUGCCGCAGCAUAAUUACCGGACGACACGCUCUGAAUGGCUCCUAGCGUUGACCAUCGCCAUGUAAAUCUGGCCAGAAGUUCCUUGGCUCCCCCCGAAACUUUUACUCCUCAUCUCCCGGAACAUGACCGACAUCAUGAUGUAUACCGAUAUUCCACCGAGUCUAGUUGUCAAGCAUCUAUCAUGUCAACCGAGGAUACCCCCUUAGAUUUAUCCCGGACCUUGACGGCCGGUUCCGAAGGCUGGACGGAUCUUGAAGACAAGAUCAGCAACUCAUCUAUAACAUCAGAUACCUCUCAUGCACGCAUCAGCCGCCGACCGCAUUUCCCUCCUGUCCUUCCUUCCGUAAAUUCUUCCUCUAGUCUUUCCAAGAGUCUACCCCAAAAGCUGGCAGCAACCAUAUCCGCCAUCGAGGGACCCAGCUUAGCUCGUGGCCAACCAAAAACAAGCAAGUCUCAGUCGCCAUCUACUCGCGCCCGUCGUAUGAAAUCGCUAGCGCCCCAGACACAAAAGCCACUUAUUUAUAAUGAAUUUCGCGAAAAUUAUCCGUCAUCAGGGUUACAUAAUUCCUCGAACCAUCCUUAUGGCCUACUUAGUUGGCCAGCACGGCCAAUACCUCGUGGGAUCCAGGAAACUAUACUGGGGCAGAGUAGCCCCACCCGCAAUGGGGACCUCAAGCCUACGCCGUACGUCUUGGAGAGCCUUGAGUUGGAUAGUGACAUAAGUGACGACGAGGAAGUUGAGACCGGAACAGGUAGCUUCGACAGCGAAGAGGAUGACGAUGAGGACAGUUCUUCUGAUCACAUUUCACGUAGUCUUCGGCGAUUGGCGCAAAAUUACUCGAGGCUAAGAGAUCGUAGGACUGAUUUGUGGGAGAUAUUCGAUGGUAUACGUCUAAAACGAGCCCACGUCGAGGAUUCGCGCCACGAUAAGGAUGAAGCUAGUCUCGCCUUUAUGGCUGCCGUGCAAGCAAUUCUUCCCGGUAAUCCGACGUUGGAUAAGCUCUUUAAAAAUAUGCAAAACGCCCAGCUCAAGUGCCAAGAAGCAGAGCAACGCUUCGAUGACAUGUUGGAUGAACUUGAACAGGGCGAGGUUGAGCUGGAACUAGAGGAACAGAAAUUUUAUACCGCUGCCGCGGAUAUAGAUAGUCAGGCAUCCGACGAUGGAUUCGACAACGAAAGCAGUUCCCAAACUUCAGAGAAUUCUGCAUUACGAGGAAUUACUGGUGACCGGCCGGAAGAUAUUCACCCUCUUUUCGAGGAGCUUCGAGAGGCAUCCCGCAAUUUACAGCUUGCCAAGGAACUCUUGGUGAAUACUCAAAUGAAGAGGAAAGCCCUGAGUGCGGGGAAAUCUCAAUUACUGGCUCCCGACAGUAUCGAACUGUUGGAGAAGUAUGGAGAGGCGGGAAGGAAACGAGCCCUCGAACUUAAACGACUAGGAGUUAUGUCAGAGGAUGACUUGGAAGAGCUCCAGGAUUACGACGACUUAGAACAAACAGCCCUUUAUGAUAUUGACCGAUUUACGAGCGAGGCCGCACGACUAGAAAUUGAGUGCCGAGAGAAGGAAGUCAUGCCGAAGAAUACACCUUUUCAACAGGAAGGUUUCGGGUUCAACCCGGUCAAUAGAGAUGAGAUUUACCUAGAAGAUGUCCCCUUAGACAGUCCCCUUUCAAGGGAAUGUCCGAAAACAUUGGCACAUCCUACGUUCCCAAGACUGCUCCACAACCCUACUCACCUACUAGAGAAUUUUCCCAUCACAGCUCAGCAAUCGCUCCGAAUUGCAGUAUCACUCCCUCCGGAAAUGCCACUUCGCCAAAAACAUAUUGAUGACGCAGCUCGCGAAGUAAAUAUCCAGUCGUUGCACGAGGAGGCCGGGAAGGGUGAUAAAACAGGCUACAUCAAUCGCUGGUUGCUCCACAAACUUCACGUAUCACCUAUGGAAGCCGAGAUCCUCUGGUCUACCUUCCAUGUUCAUUUGAAAGUUCUCAAUGUUGAUAAGUGGCAACAAGACGUGCUCCAUGCUUGGUGGAAAGACCAGGCUGCUAGGCUGCCAUCGGCUCAAUUCGAUGGUGCGUAUGAAGAUGGCAGCUUAGCUUCAUCCAUCAACCCCAGAACGGACCUGCCAUCGAGACGUUAUUCCGACUCUGGACAGCUAGAUCACAUCCGUCUUUGGGACGUCGAAGAAGCCUGGCCCUAAGGUAUACUUGUCCUAAUUUUCCUACGUUUAUAUACAGUCACUGCAUAUAUGUACGUGACGCAGUCCCUCUGUUAUUUGAUUGGUUGACUACCGGGUACCUCGGGUCUUGGUUUGAGGAACGGCGUCGGGAAAGAUUGCUUCAUGGAUUUUUAUACCCCACCAAGCGAUUGUAGAUCAUUUAUGGAGUUUUUGGAUAUUGAUUGGGUUUGGAUUGGAUUGGAUUUAGACACCCUUUCCCCUUUUCGUGGGUCUUAAUACAGAGGCGUAAGAGAAGUCUUGGUAUUCGAGACUGAGGGCGGUUAGACAUGUAUAUUCCUAGGUACCUACCUACCUAAACUCCAGAUGUCCUCGGCUUAGACGCCUACUGGAUACCUGCCUGAGGUAUCUACUAUGCACAGUGUGUCUACAUAGUACUUAUACAUAGUAGUAUAUAGGCUGCUAACCUCAGGUAUGUACAUACAUAGUAAUUACAUAUGCACUCUUAAAAGUA